UUCUCAUCAAAAUCUCUUCAGAUUCAAGCUUCGAAACCGCUUCUUCUUCUUCUUGCUCUUCUUCUCCAUUCUCUCCGCUCUCUCCACCUCCGCCUCCAUCUCCACCGCCAUCGAUGGGUUCCCCGGACUCCGCCUCCGCCUCCCCUCGCGCCACUGCUGUAGAUCACUCCUCAUCCCCAAGAUCCCCAACUUCCGAUGAUAGGGUUAAGCCGACGCAUAUACGGUUUCUUGUGUCAAAUAUGGCGGCUGGGAGCAUUAUUGGGAAGGGGGGAUCGACGAUUACGGAGUUCCAGUCUCAGUCUCAUGCUCGCAUUCAGUUGUCUCGCAACCAUGAGUUUUUUCCUGGAACUUCUGAUAGGGUUAUUAUGAUUUCUGGGGCUUUUGAUGAGAUUAUGAAGGCUAUGGAGCUGAUCCUUGAGAAACUUCUCGCAGAGGGAGAGGAUGGGAAUGAUGUUGAUAGUAGAUCAACAGUUAGGCUUGUUGUUCCGAACAACUCAUGUGGAGGCAUAAUUGGGAAAGGAGGAGCUACUAUAAAGUCAUUCAUUGAAGAUUCUCAGGCUCACAUCAAGAUUUCCCCUCAGGAUCAUAAUUUUGUAGGGUUAAAUGACAGGCUAGUUACAUUGACAGGGUCUCUUGAGGAGCUUUUGCGGGCAGUUGAUUUAAUUUUAACAAAGCUGACAGAGGAUGCUUAUUAUUUACGUUCAAUCUAUUCUCCGUGGCCGUAUGUAGGUGUGAAACUUCCUGGGUAUCAAGGAGUACCGAAUGGCUAUCCAAUGGCUCCUCCAGCAUACAAUGCAAUGAACUAUGGACCAAAUGGUGUUGGAGGAAAAUACCCAUCCAAGAAGGUUGUUUCUGCAAGAUCUCCAGCUGGGCCAAAUGAAUAUCAAGGUGAUUCAGUAACAAUUGGGAUUGCUGAUGAGCAUAUAGGUGUGGUUGUUGGUCGAGGGGGCAGGAACAUAAUGGAGAUCACACAGGGAAGCGGAGCCAGAAUCAAGAUCUCAGAUAGAGGCGACUUCAUGCCCGGCACCUCUGAUAGGAAAGUAACAAUAACUGGAUCCCCAGAAGCAAUCCAUAUCGCCGAGGAUAUGAUCAAGCAGAAGAUCUCAACAAUGUCUGAAAACUAAUUGAAUUUACCAGUCAAAUGCUCCGGAGUACUUGAGGGUUUUAAAUCAAAUCGAUGUG